GCAUUGUGAAGCUGUAGUUGAGUGUUAGCAGGCUAACUAGAGAAAGAAAGCUAACUAACCGUGAGAGUGGAAGUAGAGCCAACCUUAAAUGAGCAGGCAACUGUCAAAACUGCAAAGGGAACAUACAUUUUUAGUGAAGUGAUAUUUCUAUUGGAUUACUGGCUAGGUAAUCUAAGAGCGUGUUGUCAGAUGCCCAAGGAGAUUUUUUGGAUACUACACCGAUUGUCCCAUUUCCAAACGGAAACCAUUUCUGGACAGACAGUUCGUGCUAGCUAGCUCAGUGAACCAACCAGGAGACGUUUCAUUGUCACCUAAAACAAUCCAAACUGAAUGUUUUGUCUGUCAUGAGUCCGGCCGGGUGCUCCCAUGUGAACGCUUAUAAGGUGGAUAAUUGGAAACAAAACCUUCGAGUCAUAUACCAAUGCUUUGUUUGGAGUGGUACUGCUGAGACCAGGAGACGCAAGGUGCGUCAGAGUGAUGCAGGAUGGACAGAGCUGGCCAAGUCGUGUAUCUGUCACAUGUGUGGCGCCCACCUCAACCGACUCCACUCUUGUCUCUACUGUGUCUUUUUCGGCUGUUUUACAAAGAAACACAUCCACGAACACGCGAAGAACAAGAGACACAAUCUAGCGAUAGAUUUAUUAUAUGGUGGAAUAUAUUGUUUUGUGUGUCAAGAUUACAUAUACGACAAAGACAUGGAGCAGAUUGCCAAAGAGGAACAGAGGAAAGCCUGGAAAUUGCAAGGCAUCGGGGAGAAAUACACAACAUGGGAGCCGACCAAGAGGGAGCUAGAAUUAUUACGACACAAUCCAAAGCGGAGGAAAAUCACUACAAACUGUACCAUAGGUUUACGAGGGUUAAUAAACCUGGGCAACACAUGUUUCAUGAACUGCAUUGUUCAGGCCCUAACACACACGCCACUGCUGCGAGACUUCUUUCUUUCUGACAGACACAAGUGCGAGAUGCAAUCAAACUCCUGUCUGGUGUGUGAGAUGUCGCAGCUCUUUCAGGAGUUCUACUCGGGCCACCGUUCGCCCCACAUUCCCUUCCGGCUGCUGCACCUGGUGUGGACUCACGCACGUCACCUCGCUGGCUAUGAGCAGCAAGAUGCCCACGAGUUCCUCAUCGCAGCAUUGGACGUACUACACAGGCACUGCAAAGGGGACACCAUCAGAGAUGACAACGGGAAGAAAGCCAACAAUCCAAACCAUUGUAACUGCAUCAUUGACCAAAUCUUCACUGGGGGCCUGCAAUCAGAUGUUACCUGUCAAGUUUGCCAUGGUGUUUCCACGACGAUAGAUCCAUUCUGGGACAUUAGUCUGGACCUGCCUGGCUCAUCCACGCCUUUCUGGCCCCUCAGCCCAGGAGGGGAUGGCAGCACAGUGAAUGGAGAGAGCCACCUGUCCGGGUCCACCACACUCACAGACUGCCUACGCAGGUUUACGCGGCCCGAGCAUCUAGGAAGCAGUGCCAAAAUCAAGUGUGGCGGUUGCCAUAGUUACCAGGAAUCCACCAAACAGCUGACAAUGAAAAAGCUCCCCAUCGUAGCAUGUUUCCAUCUCAAACGGUUUGAGCACUCUGCUAAACUGCGGCGAAAGAUCACAACGUACGUUUCCUUUCCUCUAGAGUUGGACAUGACACCUUUCAUGGCAUCAAGUAAAGAGAGCAGAAUGAACGGGCAGUAUCAACAGACGGUUGAUGUUUUAAACAACGACAAUAAGUAUUCCUUGUUUGCAGUGGUCAACCACCAAGGCACAUUAGAGAGUGGCCACUACACCAGCUUCAUCCGCCAGCACAAAGACCAGUGGUUCAAAUGUGAUGAUGCUAUAAUCACCAAGGCCAGCAUUAAGGAUGUACUUGACAGUGAAGGGUAUCUCUUAUUCUACCACAAACAGUUCCUCGAGUACGAGUAGUCCGUGUGACCACUGACCGCGAAGAACCACUGCUUCUGAUGAGAGAGCCAAGGGACUGGGGACAGGACGAAAUACAAACACAAACCUACCUGAAACUCUGAAAACUACCAGUCUGCUCCUCCGGCUUCGGAGGACAAACAUAAUAAUGAUAAUACAAAAAAACAACAACAAAAAAAAAAGACG